AUGUCAAACAGAUUGGAGUCGCUCAACUCCAAGAAGCCUGCUGGAAAGCCGGCUCUCAAGUUCAAGCCAAAGGCUGUUGCAAGAAAAAGCAAAGAAGACCGUGACAAGGAUGCAGCAUUGAUCAAGUCUGAAGACAAGCCAAUGUCUCCUGCUCCAUCCAGAGGUAGAGGAGGAGCCAGGGGCCGUGGUGGCCGAGGAAGAGGAGCCAGCUAUGUGGGCACGCAUGUUGUCUCUGCUGGUCCUCUUGCUUCGGGCUCUGUCAGCAUGGGAGGUACCACAUCGUCGAAAACAGGAUUAACCAACGAUAAAAUCUAUGGAGCAGAUUCCUCAUUGAAUGCGGCAGCUGUCAGCAACCUUAAGUUGAAGAACCGCAAAUUGAAGUCGCCUACUCCAUUGGAUCAGGAGUCAGAAGAGGAGGAUGAUCCUACUAAGAUCAAUAUGAGUAAAGAAUACCUCUUCGAAGACAGUGAGACCCUUUUAUUCCCCGUGAGACCACAUAAAGACACUCCAGCACCUGGCCAGUCUAUUCCCCCAUCCGUAACUGUGCUGGUUAACUCAUCUCGUGCUGUGACAGCAGAGACAGUGAAGAGUGAAGUGCUGGAUGACGUCGCAGAGUCCACACCCGGAUUCUUCAAUGAUCCUAUUGAGAGAGCAGAGCACGAUAAGAGAAUCGAUGACCAGCACGCCAUUGUGGAUCUCCUCACUUCCAACAUGGCCAAUUUGAAAGCAGACGAAGAAUCUCCUGAGGUUCCACCCGAAGAUAGUAAGUACAUUUUGUUCCAUAUUCCUCAAGUGUUGGCUAAGGAGGACAAUGAGGUGGUACCCAAAUCUAACUUUGCAUCACAGUCGGUUCUGAACUUCGAGGGACAUAUUGGUAACUUAAAUUUUCACAAGUCGGGAAAGAUCUCUAUGACCUUAGGUGGGGGCACUGUUUUUGAUGUCACCCAGGGCAUGCCAACCACAUUUCUUCAGGAAGUGUUCGUCGUGGACUCGCAUGAGGCACGCAAAAAGCCAGAAGAUGAAGAAAACGAAAUGGUGGAUUUGCUAGACGCAGACGGCGGAAAGAUCGGAGGUAACAUCUUUAGACUCGGUGAAGUCGCUGGCAAACUCAUUGCUACUCCAGCACUCCCCUAA